ACUCCCCGCUGCUGCCUAUUCGGUCUCUUUGCGUUUGCAUCGGACGGGGACUUUCCAGUCGACAAAACUUUGUCAUUCUGAAAAUAAUCAAGCACAGAGUUCUGUAAGCCGUUUUCCCCUUAGACUGUGUUUAAGGAGGUGAUGCUGGGGGUAGCUGGGAUGACGGGCAGCUUUGCGAAUGCCCUGGUCAGCGCAGUCUGUGAGCGCUGUAAAAGUGGCUUUGCUCCAACUGAGAAAAUCGUCAACAGUAAUGGAGAGCUCUACCACGAGCAGUGCUUUGUCUGCGCCCAGUGUUUCCAGCAGUUUCCAGAAGGACUCUUCUAUGAGUUUGAAGGUAGGAAAUACUGUGAGCAUGACUUCCAGAUGCUCUUCGCACCUUGCUGCCACCAGUGUGGGGAGUUCAUCAUUGGACGUGUCAUUAAGGCCAUGAACAACAGUUGGCACCCUGACUGCUUCUGCUGCGAUAUUUGUCAGGCAGUACUUGCAGAUGUGGGGUUUGUCAAAAAUGCUGGCAGGCACUUGUGUCGUCCAUGUCAUAAUCGGGAGAAGGCUCGGGGCCUAGGCAAGUAUAUCUGCCAGAAGUGCCACGCUAUUAUUGAAGAGCAGCCGCUGAUCUUUAAGAAUGAUCCGUAUCAUCCCGACCACUUCAACUGCAACAACUGCGGGAAAGAGUUGACUGCUGAUGCAAGGGAGCUGAAAGGGGAGCUCUUCUGUUUGCCCUGCCAUGAUAAGAUGGGUGUGCCAAUCUGUGGCGCCUGCAGGAGGCCCAUUGAGGGACGUGUGGUCAACGCCAUGGGCAAGCAGUGGCAUGUGGAGCACUUUGUUUGUGCCAAAUGUGAGAAACCUUUCCUCGGUCACCGCCAUUACGAGAGAAAAGGUUUGGCUUACUGUGAGACGCAUUACAAUCAGCUCUUUGGGGACGUGUGUUAUCACUGCAACCGUGUGAUUGAAGGCGAUGUUGUGUCUGCUCUCAACAAAGCCUGGUGUGUCAGUUGUUUCUCCUGCUCCACCUGCAACACCAAGCUCACUCUCAAAGAUAAGUUUGUUGAAAUUGACUUGAAACCAGUGUGUAAGCAUUGCUAUGAUCACUUGCCUGAAGAGCUGAAACGCAGACUUGCUCGGCGUGAACGUGACGCUAAAGAUCGCAGGAAAAAGCCAGCAGUGUGCCUGUAGCUUCACCACUCCAUCCAUGGAUUGGUGCUAUCGCCGCCUUCCUCUCUUCCUGUGGUUGUCCUUGUUAACCUCUUUGGCUCUAUAGCAUGUCAUUAUUUUUUGUAAUUUAUUUUCUAGCGUAGUUGUUUGUGUUGGCGGCAUGAAUCUAAAACAUGUACAUGCAUGUUAAACAUAAGCAGAGCUCGAUUGGCUGAUUCAAUUCAGAUACCUGGUAAUUUAGUUGGUCAGACAGAAAAAGCUUGGUGCAACGUGUUCAGAGGUUUUACAAUGUAAUCAACAACAUAACACCCAAAAUACUCCAGUGGUUUUAUUCCUGUUUUCCUCUUUGCAGGAACAAGUUUGUAGAGUUUGACAUGAAGCCUGUUUGUAAAAAGUGUUAUGAGAAGUUUCCGCUUGAGCUCAAGAAAAGGCUCAAGAAGCUGGCGGAGUCAUUGGGACGGAAGUGAGCUGCUGUCUCACCUGGAUGGGCUCUUGCUGUGGUAAAAUAUCCAGGGAAGAUGUUAUAAUAAAAACAUAAAGCCAUUUUGGAGAAAUUGAAUAGAGGAAAAGGUUAGCUCUAGAUCAAUACCAGGAAAGUUGUAAGUGAAGGUUUAUCAGGUUUGCUUAAAUCCAUCCGUUUACAAAUCGACAUUGACCCAAAAGGUGAAAUUCAUUGAAAAAUAUGCAUUUAUACAAAUAUAUGCAAUUAUUUCACCCCAUACCCAUCUUUUCUUUUUUCUACUUUUAUAUUUUUUUGUUUGUACAUUCCUAAAUUCUUUUUUUUUCUGUGUAGUGUUUCAAUGUUUAAGUCUAUUUUCCCUCUAUUAUCAUGUUUGUUAGCUGUGUUAGUGUGCCUGACAGAAUAUAGAGUUUAAUAUGACUCUUAAUUUAAACAUGUGCCUUAAAAACAAGAGCUGUUUAAAUGGGAAUGGCUUCUAUAUUACAACUGACAUCUUUACUCAGUAUAGCUGUGCUUGUGUUUGUCUUAGACUCAUUUGCUGAAUACAAAAUCAUUUGACCUUUAUGUCCUAUGUAAUUUUUCUAAUUUUUAAAAAAAUCUUCAAGUUUUUAAAAUAUUGCGUAAAAUUCAUGUCCUUAAUGAAUAUAUAUUCUAUAUCAAAUUGUGAAAUUAAUGGCUGUGUAAAAUUCAUGCACCUAACUUGGGUCUUGUUCUUAUAUUUCAAAAUCUAAUAAUGUAUGCUGUCUGAAUGUGGUUAUGUAUUUCAAAUGCCUGGAGUUGUUGGAUAUUUCUGGAUUAACAUUUAAAACAUUCAAAGGUGAACGGCUAAUAGGAAAGCAGAACUGUUUUUAGCUCGUAUUUUAACUUGUUUGAUGUGAUAUCACUAACAGACCUUCUAAUUGCUUUGAUUAAUUAUAAACUCAAAUGCGUUUUCAAAUGAAAGCCACACAAAAUAAGUUUUUUUGUGAUAAUUUUACUGUUGGAAGACUUUGUGUUUACAUUUCAGUUGUGAGCUUGCAUUUUAUUAGCGUGGAAUUGAAAAUUACAGUUUAUUGCAUCUUAUGUACAGUGCCGAGAAGCUUCAUUAAAGAUCAAUAAAGUAUUCUGAACACAUAAUGCUGAA